AUGUCAGAUUUAUUUAUCAGCAGAAUGAGCUCUUCGAGAUCCUCUAUAUCUCCAAUCCCCUUCAAAUCAAAGAAAUAUCUCCAAUCAACUCCAAAAUCUAAACCCGCAAACCCUAUCACUACCCAGACCCCAGAUAAGCUGCCUGCGGAACUCCCACCCCGCCUCCGGAACCGUCGCGUAGCGCUUUCUGUGAAAGAGGUUAGGGAAAUCGCUCAAGGCAAUCGAGAUGGACCUCACCGUAAUCAGACUGAGCAGAUCGUUAAGUCCGCCCGAAGGCAGAUCUCGACUUGGCCCGAGGAAUCCAUUGGCGAGUCGCACAAGCCACGCAAUGCUGCAGUUGAAGAGGGGCCAGCUAGACUUCCGGCGAAAUAUGAAACUUUGGGCGAGUUUUUUGAUAGCUUGGAUAGUUCAAUUAGGCUGUUGAAGUUGAAGGGCUCCAUGUCUACAUUCACUAAUGUUUCCCCUAAAAUAGAGUGCUUAACAGAUAGGAGAUUUUCUCAUCAACAUUUGGCUCAAUUGAAGUAUAUUUUGCCCGAAGCGAUUGAGAUAAAGAGGGUACUCAUGUUUGACGAGCGAACCAGUUGUAUGAAGCCAGAUCUUCAUGUCACUUUAAAUGUAGAUGCAAUUGAAUGCAACGGUAAUUUGAAAUCGGAAAGUAAGAAUCUGCAUUUGAGGAAGGUCUUCCGUGCUCGACUUGCAGAUUUUUAUAAAGCCCACCCAGAGGGUGAUGAAGUUCCUGAGGAAAUGCUGCCAGAGCCUUUCAACAGAUCAAAACAAGAUCUGAGUUCAGAAAUUACUAAAGCUCCCACCACAUCAUCACACAUAGAGACAUCAGCUGAUGCACAUGUAGGCCAAAACCCCAACUCCUCAUUGCCUGUAGAGACUAAGCCACUUGAAAGACAGCAACCAGCAGUGGCAUCUCAUUUCUCACGAUCUUUCAGGAGGCAUUUCUCCCAGAAAAUUACAAAAUGUGAGGCAGCAAACGCUAACCCGAAUCCCCCAAAGAUUUGCUCCCAACCAUCAAUUCUACAAAUUUCACAGCCAUGCUUUGACAAAAUCUCUUCUAGUGAGGAAGCUAGUGCUUCUGCCUCAUCCCUAACCAGAAUGCCAUUCGAAUCAACAACUGAUGGAGAAAAAUUUUCAGCUGGUGUUCAUACGCCUUGCCUCCCUGCCACUCCUUGCAAAGAGAUAAACUCCACUAACUAUAGAGAUAAUUCACCCAAAAAAAUAGGAAGCUUCCAGUCAACUCCUGCAAAACUUGCUUCACCUUCUUCUACGUUGAUGUCAAUGACACCUGCAUUGCAUCCGCCAAAAAGAUGUUGUAUGAGCCCGGAUGAUGGUACCACUAGCUUAGCAGACAAGCUCACCAGGCGUCCAUCACGAACUAGGUCUCUAAAAUUUGAAACUCCUGAGAAGAAUGUAGUGCAUGAACUUAAUGACAUAGAGGAUGUGUCAGCUGAUGAUGAUGAUAUUUUGAAUAUUCUCCCUGAGAGUCUUCUGCAAUCAAUACGAGAAAAAGAAAGAAAGGUCCAAGAAGAGCGAGAUCCAGCCAUCUCACAAGCAAAGAAGCGGCGGCAGAUGAUUGCCUGCCUCCCAAAGCUUUUCAACAUGAUUCAUUUCUUGUUUCAGUCAAUAAAAAGAACAGUUAUCACAAAAGAGGAGCUUAUACACAAGAUAAUUGCAAGUCAUUCUGAUAUAGUUGAUAGAAGAGAAGUUGAAGAGCAGCUAAAAUUGCUGCUUGAACUAGUUCCCGAAUGGAUCUCUGAGAAAUUGGCGACUAGUGGGGAUUUGCUCUUCUGCAUUAACAAACUGUCAAGCCCUGAAACAACACGUGCACGACUUGAACAAGCAAAGUGAUGAGAGCUUUUUGGAAUUUUAAUGCAAAAGCACAUGAGAGGAUUUUGUCCCAUUUUGUUGUGCUAAUCCGGGAUAAUCAAAUUUAUCUUGUAUUUAAACCAUUGUUAAUAGAAAAGUGUAGCCACUUGUGAAGUUGGUAAAUGUUUAAUAUUCUCUAACAGAAUGACAAUAUAGCGAAAAGCCUUUCUUGUAAUUGCUAGCAUGUUAUGUAUUCUUGAUAGUUUAAGACUGUUUAUUGUGGUUGCCAUUGGAGGCCAAAUCAUUGAAGUAGCUAGUUUGUGUGUAAUUCUCUCUUCAUAUUAUUAGUUUUAUUGAUGGGACGACAAAUUGUAUUUGGAACUUAGAAGUCUUGCAUGUC